CGGCUGCUACACCACAACAGCCGUUGCUUCCUGUUGGUGAUAAAUGUAGGUUAGCUUUUAGAUUUCAGAUAGACGGACGGACGGACAGGGCUGAAACAUGGUCCCCGGCGUGGUGCUCCUUCUCCUGGCCGUUUGUUCUGUCUCCGGGACGCCUGCUGCUGAUAGGAAACUGGUGUAUGUCACAGUGUUGUUUCGUCAUGGUGACCGGUCACCUAUCAAAGCCUACCCUACUGACCCCUACCAAGAGAGCGACUGGCCACAGGGAUUUGGGCAGCUAUCACAGGUGGGAAUGAGGCAGCACUUGGAGCUCGGACAGUUUCUGAGGAAGCGCUACAAUGGAUUCCUCAACGAAUCCUAUGACAGACAUGAGAUCUUAGUUCGCAGUACAGACUAUGAUCGCACCCUGAUGAGCGCCGAGGCCAACCUUGCAGGACUCUACCCACCCACUGGUGACCAGAUCUUUACACCAAACAUCAAGUGGCAGCCAAUACCUGUACACACUGUGCCGCAAAAUGAGGAGGACCUUCUUUCAUUUCCACUGGGUGAGUGUCCUCGCUACAAACAGCUGAUGAAUGAGACUGAACACUCAGAAGAAUUUCUUAACAUCACAGCUGAAUACCAGGACUUCAUAGAUAUGGUGAGGACUAAAACAGGACUGAAUAAGACUAAUGUGGAAUCAAUCUGGAGCGUGUAUGACACACUCUUCUGUGAGUCCCGUCACAACAAAACCCCACCACACUGGGUGACUCCUACUAUUAUGGAAAAGCUGAAAGUGCUCAAAGACUUUUCAUUUCAGAUCACAUUUGGAGUCUAUAAACAACUGGAAAAGAGCAGGUUGCAGGGAGGUAUCCUGUUGGGUGAAAUACUAAAAAAUUUAACAAAAAUGGAAAUUCCAAGCCCCCAGAAAAGACCCAAGUUGAUGAUGCUUUCAGCGCAUGACACCACUGUAGCUGCUCUGCAGGCCAGCAUGAACAUUUUCAAUGGAAGACAGCCGCCGUAUGCCUCCUGUCAGAUAAUUGAGCUGUACAGGGAUGACAAGGGCACUCUGUCCGUGUCGAUGUUUUACCGGAACGACAGCUCUGCAGAGCCCUACCAGCAGCAGUUGCCAGGCUGUGCCUUUGACUGCCCCCUAGAGGACUUUGUGAAAAUAACAAAGCCUUGGAUUUCAGAUGACAGGGAGAAAGAGUGUCAGCUUCCUUCUGGGGGAACAAACAAAGAGGUGAUCAUCAGUCUAGCGGUGUCCGGCUCUCUGCUCUUCCUCCUCAUUGUCCUCCUCCUCGGUGUAAUAUGUUGGCAGAAGGAGCCGGUCAGCAGCCGGGGCUACCAACAUGUGAUCAACGAGGGAGGAGAGGGGUCCUGACAGACGUAUAAACUCCUCCCUCCAAGAUGCACAGGCCUCACAUCUUGGGACAGCAGUGAUGACGACGAUGAACUUUGACCAUUUUUGUGUCCCUUUUGAAAGUCUCAGACUGUAACUUCACAAGGGACAACUGUGAUUUUUGUGUGUCCCUUUUUUGUGCAUCAUGGGUCCAAAAUGAUCCUGUUUCUGCUGGGUCGGAUGGAAAAGAACAUCUUUUAUCACUGUAAACUAUGAUUAGUAAUGAGUGGUACAGCUGAUUUCUACAUGGGGGGGGGGGGGGGGGGCACAGCAGGGAAAACUUUCAUUCUUUUAACUAUUUUUCAUAAACCACUUAAUUUCAGUGGAGAACGCCUUUUUGAUUAGUGAUGGGUGGUCGUAUUAGAACAAGUAAGACUUGUCACUUUUUCAUCAAAAACAUUUUUCUUGAGUAUUGAUUACUCACAUUUGUGGUUUCUAUAAAUAUUAACUCACAGAAUAAUGGGUGACCCCCCUGCAGACACUUUGAUUAAAAAAAAAAAAAUCUAAGAAUAGCAAACAUUGGUCUAACACACAGCCAAUUAUGAUGGUUUCUUAGGUACAAUGUGUGCAGGAUAACAUGAUCAGCUGAAGGUGUUUUGAUCUCAUAUGUAACCAGGUCAUUUUAUUUCCAGUAGGAUGGAUCUGUAUCUAUAUAAGGGUCUGUAAACACUUAUGGUAUUGUGUUGAUGAGUGCACAGAUGUACUCCUUAUCUGCAUCAGCUGGUCUGUCUUGUGUGUUGGACCAUAUUUUUGUUCUGUGUGUUUUCAUGUUUGAGGCCUAAACACCAUUGUGCCUUUUUUUUUUUUUUAGAAUAUCCAACAAGAAGCAGGGCACUGCUGAUCUGAUCGAACCAAGUGUCCUCCUCUUGCAUGUCUUUAAAAUACCAUCUCAUUAGGUGGCUUAGCUGAGGCUCACCUUUGACUUUCCUGUUCUCAUAGCAACACGAAAGAAGACUUGUAUAAAUCAAGCGUGCACAGAUUAUUCUGCUGUUUUUCAGCCAUUUUAAACUGAGUGUUGUGAAUAUCUGAAAACACUGGAAAUCUGUACAUUUUAUUUUUCAUUAGGAUGAUCCAAUUUGGGCUCGUUGAAACAAGUAAUGCCUACAGUCAGAGUAAAGGGCAUGAAGGGUUUUUUUUAAUGUCAAAGCAUCUAAAAAAUAUAAUAUAUUGCAAAGUAUGCACAGAUGCUGCAAAUGUUCCAAAACAGAGACUAUUUCAAGAUGUGGUCAUUGUAUUGACACACUGGACAUAAAACAAAGCACAUGUCGUCUUAAAAAAUAUCUGCGUCACGCAAGUAUCUGUCAGGAUGGAGCAACCUUUGUCCAAACUGUCAUUUCAGAAUUUUUCAUGCCCAACGAGACUAUUCAUCGAAAUGUUAUUUUGGGAAAAUAAAGGAUUUGUCAGCGAUGUUUGGAGGUGAA